GCGUCAUUGCUGAUUGCUGGAAGUUAAAUAAAAAGUUUUAUUAAAAGAAAUGUGUAUCAAUAAAAUUUAAAGUGAAAUUCAGUUAUGCAAUGAGCGUAUCGUACAUGCACACUUAUAAGUCUAUAUGUAUGUCGCAGUAGCAGUCAAUCGAUCAUGAAAAGUUAUUGUUAGGUGGUGAAGAACUAUAAAGGAAAUAUGUGGCGGUGAUGCAAAAAUAUAAUCCAUUGGAAAAAGUGUAUCGAAGAAAUGAAAUAAAAUAAAAAAAUAAAAAUAUUUAUGUCAAUAACUGCAUUUGUGUGUGUAUGUGUGCAGUAACGUAAUAAAAGCUAAUAAAAAGUGUUUUAUAGUCCAAAUGUAGCAACAAUCGCGCUUUGUGUGUGUGUUUGGCUGUAUUUGUGCAUAUGAAGUAAAAAGAGCAGCAAAGAGCGAGAAGUCAGCAGAAAAAUGAAUUGCCUCUGUCGACCAUCGCGGAUUAUGUCCGUGCGGAUUAAUCUGCUGGACGAAACGGAUUUCAUACACGAAAUAAAGGAUGAUUUACCAGGCCAAGCGCUGCUGGAUGUUGUUUUUGCCAGACUUAAUUUAAUCGAAACUUCAUAUUUUGGCAUUCGCUAUAUUGACGAGGAGAAUCAGACGCACUGGCUUGAUCCAGCGUCUCGCAUAUCACGCCAACUCAAACCCAAAUCGGAUCCAUACGAUUUGUACUUUGGUGUUAAAUUCUAUGCAGCUGAUCCAUGUAAACUGCUCGAGGAAAUUACAAGAUAUCAACUGUUUUUACAAGUAAAGCAAGAUGUAUUACAGGGCAGAUUGCCCGUGGCGUUCGAAUUGGCUGCGGAGCUUGGCGCAUUCGUCGUGCAAUCUGAGCUGGGCGAUUAUGACCAACGACGUCACUCUAAAGGCUAUGUGUCCGAGUUUCGUUUGCUGCCAAAUCAGAGCAGCGAACUGGAAACACGUGUCGCCGAGCUUCAUCAGCAAUUAAAGGGCAUGUCACCGGCGACGGCAGAGCUGAAUUAUUUAGACAAAGUCAAAUGGCACGACAUGUACGGCGUGGAUUUGCAUCCGGUGUUGGGCGAGGACAGCGUCGAGUAUUUUCUGGGUUUGACGCCAAGUGGCAUUGUGGUGCUGCGCAACAAGACGACAGUGGCUCAUUACUAUUGGCCGCGUAUUGCCAAAGUUUACUACAAAGGACGCUACUUCAUGCUGCGGAUAAGCGAUAAAAAUAACGAGCUCAGCACUUAUGGCUUUGAGACGCCGCGCAAAUCCGCCUGCAAACAUUUGUGGCGCUGCUGUGUAGAGCAUCACGCCUUCUUUCGCAUGGUACGAAUUGCUCCAUUACCAAAUUCGCAGUCGAAUAAUUCGGAUUUGUUUCAACUUGGUUCACGUUUGCGUUACAGCAACCGUUCGGAGAAGCAGCCAUCGUCUAAGGAUGCCCUCGGUUUGGGUCGCAUACCGCCGGCAUUCACACGUGUCCCCUCGAAACGCCAGCCAAGACGCUUGAUUGAUGACUUUCUGAGCGGCAGUAAAAGCGCCAAUAAUACACAGAACGGCAUAGGGAUCGGUCAUAACAGCAGCAGCGUCACCGAUGGCGGUGGCUGCGGCAACCACAAUGGUGUUGGCGUUGGAGCGGGAAUGCAAACAGCCAACUUGAUGCCAAACAACUACGAGAGUCCCUACCGCUCCACCUACAGCAUACCAACGAGCCUCGGCAUACGUCCGUAUCAUCAGCAGUCGCAUUUUGGCAACAACGGUGGCGGCAGUGAUUGCAAUAGUAAUUUGCAGACACCUGAUUCGCCGCGCAGCACGCGCAGCGCUCCAUGGCCACGCUCCCAACAACGUUCGCUAUUCGGCAAUAAUCCCUCAAGUCCGCGUUCGGUGCGUUCAGCGAUCGCCACAAGUGGCGGUGGCGGUGGCGGUGGCUCGCAUCAUCAUCAUCAACAUCAACACCACCACCAUCAUCACCAGUCCUCCGGUACGUCAACGCAGCAUCGGCAGUCGUCGCAUUCAGCGCAUCGAGAUCGAGAUCGCGAUCACGUUUCUUCAUCUUCAGCAUCGGCUCAUCAGCAACGUUAUCGUUCAAGUUCGGUGGAGAGUCAUUCAUCAAAUGAUUCACGUUCGACGCGCAGGCACAAACAUCGUCAUCGGCGUACCUCCGAUAAUGAGAGUGAAUUAUCGCGUGGUUCUGGACGUUCAGGUCGUUCGCAUCAUCGCAAGCAUCGUCGCUCGCGUCACCGUCGCGACUCAGCUGGCUCUGAUCAUGAGAGCGCGCGCGGUCGCAGCUACUCGGGGCAUCGUUCGUCAUCGGUGCGCAGCGGUUCAGCGGAGUUAAUCGAUUCCACAUCACAGUGGCGCGAGGUGCAACGCCGUCAAGCCGAAGCUAGUCUGGGUCAAAGUUCCGUACAGCAGGCAUCCGUCUCGAAGAGUAGCAUGGUGGCGCGCAGCCUGCACAGCAACGACAGUCAUUCGGAUACACAUUCGCACCACAAAUCGCGGCGACAUCGCAAGAAUAAAUCUCCUUCCGAUUCGCGCAAUCGCAUCUGGUCAAGCGAACUGGCGAAACACUUACAAUUCGAUCUGGUCGAUACGACUGGCAUGACUGAGGAUCAACUACGCGAAAUACCCUACACAGUCGUCGAGACGAACUCGAAACGUUCGACAAUGAAUAUGAAGAUUCACAAGAGCGGCAGCAAGGGCAGUGUGGGUGGCAAGAGUACUGGCUCGGGCAAUACAAUAACAAAUGGCAGUAGUUCGACUGGUGGACAGGGCAAGAAUCGUGUCGACCGCAUUAGAGGGCUAUAUUUCCAAAACUCAAAUGUGACAGACAAUGUAAGUGGUAGAAAUGGAUCCAUACGCUCCGCCAGCACAAUAUCUUCGAGAGAGUGCGAACGAAAUAGUGGAUUAGUCAGAAUGAUGUCCAGUAUGAGCAUGGGUGACUUCAUCUCGCCAACAGGCUCUAAUCUCAGCCCAUUAGAGAACUCUGCGCUGCGAGUAUCACACGAGCAUACCGAUUCAGGACUCGGUGCCGAUCAGGACUACGCCUAUUCCUCGGAAAGAUCUAGCGAUAGUACCCGCUAUGGAACUAACAAGUCUUCGGGCGCCUCCAGCGGCAGCCAUCGCAAAUCAAUUGGCGGCGGCGGCGGCGGCGGUGGAGGAGGAGGCAGUGGCGGUGGCGGUGGCGGCACAUCUACUUACAACAUCUUAAUGCAACAAACUGUGAGUAAUCAGCAAAUGCAACACCAACAACAACAACAACAAGCUCCGCCUCGCCAAACUUCAUGCUUUGCACAACGCCAACAACAACCAUCGCAAUCGAAACCCAUUUAUAACAAUCCCAACUCACACACCAGCCACGCCUAUCAAAUGGGCAAACUGUUGGCGCCCAUACACACCUCAUCCAAUACCCAUGGUCCCUCGUCCCUUGCUUCCUCCCACCAUUCGGCAACUAACCUUACUAAUACUAAUGAGAAAUGCAUUUCAAAAGCCGCAAUUCCAAACUCAAACUCAAACGCAAACUCGAAUAACAACUCCAACACCAACAACAAAUCGAACAAUAGCAACAGUAGCAGUGGUGUUGGCAAUCGUCUACUGAACUACACCACAUUCGAGAAUAAUCAAUACAAGUUCAGUUUGAAUAAUGUUUUCGGCAAAGCGACUGGCGCGGCAGCUGCCACCGGCCAUAAUGUUAGUAGUGGUAAUGGCAGUAGCGGUAAUAUUACAGGUGGUGGUGCUGGCAGUAGUAAUGCUUAUGGUUGUGGUAGUAAUUUAAGUUCUAGCACCAAUCGUAUGGAUAGUUUCGUCGAAUGGCCAAAUACGCCGGCGGCGCCCUACUACUAUCAGGGUCCCCCAUCGGUCGCGGGACUGCACAUCAAGAAGCGCGAUGCCAAGUCCGACAUCGGCGUACCCACACGACGUUACUCCGGGCAGGCUAUUACCAAAACCCAGCUACUUACAGGCCAAUUGCCGGGAGCCAGCUACUAUCACACACCAGCGCCCAUACACACAGCUGGCAUGGGUAGCUUCGAUUCGCGUCUACACCCAGCCAAGUCCGAUCUCUUUCUAUCCUAUAUCCAUCACGGCACGGGCGGGUCAACGGCACUUGGCGCCGAGUACGAACGUCCGUACAUUUACAACUACAAAAUGCCACAAAUGCCCGAUUUUCUACGCGGCACAGGGCAACAGCAGCAGCAACAGCAAAAUGCACCCUCGGAGGGGCAUCAACAAAUGUCAGCUUACCACAUUUCAGGCGCACAAACCGCCGAUCCACCACCACCGCAGCCAACGCUCUAUAAACCUACAUACGGCGGCGGCGGCGGCGGCGGAGGUGAAAGUAGUGGUAGUGGAGUUGGUGUGGAGAGUGCAAUGUUAUAUGGCGGUGCUGCACCUGCCACCGAUGUACUCUACUACCAGUUCGACAACGGUAAGCCGCCUAUCGUGCAACAACCAAAAUCUUUGCUGCACAAGGCCGCAAACAACACAGGUACCGGUGGUGGUGGUGGUGGCGGCACAGGUGCAGUGGUAGGGCCUUUAGUAUUCUUGCAACAUGCCAGUGUUGCGUCAUCAUCAACGUCAGCGCAGCAGCCACAAACUUGCACCAAUACCAAUCAAUCCAACACAACAACAACAACAACCAGCACAACACAAUCCUCAACAUGCAGUGAAGGCAGCAUCGAGGAGUAUAACGAAGAAGAACUCGAAGACGUGCAAGAAGUAGAGGAGGAAGAGGACGAAGCACGGCAAGCGCAUGACGACGCUUGCACCGAACAGGCAAAUGCUUGCAACAACGACGGGCUCAUAUUGAAUAAUGAGGUGCUAGCAAUAUCGCCUGCCGGUAGUGGCAACAACAACUACGGCUGUGGCAAUGAAGCUCUGGAAUCGACUGACUGUGAUUGCGAUUGUGAUUCCCUUACGGCCAAUUGCAAUCUGGAUAAUUGCAAUGCCAACAACAAUGCCGACAGCGGCAAUGCGAAUAUCAAUGCCAAUGUGAAUGCUGCAAAUGUGCAUACAAAUACCAACAACUCAUUGCAAACGAACAACCCCCGCACAACCAGCAACAACACGCCCCCAUCCAAUCGUAGUAUCCCCAAUGCCAAUUCGACGCUUAAUCGUAAUCGUUCCAAUAAUUCACAACCAAAUCUAAAUUCGAAUCAAAAUCCAAAUCAAUAUCAAUACCAAAAUACAAAUCUUAUUUCGAAUUCGAGUCAAAAUCUGAUAGCACAAAAUCACAAUCAAAUUUCAAUGCAAAAUUCCAAUACAAAUGUGAGCACACUUCAAAAUCAAAUGAAUCCAAAUAUUUCCUCCAGUCUUGAGAUUAUUCUUUCGCCAAUUAUACAAAGUAGUCGACGGGCGCAAUAGUCGGUGAAAUGAGCACGGAAUUAUGAGAAUUAGCGAAAUUCAAUCGACGUCAAUAGCCGAAUGGAGAGCAGCAAGUGCCAAC